UUGAAAUUUGCUGGAAUAUUGAUUUCACCUGGUGGAUUUCAAGUCAAUGACUUGUGGUCCUCAAAACGGCACUUGAAUUUCAAGUAAUCUACUGGCAUAGAUUCAUCAUAUUAAAUUAGCAAACUAAAAGAUUUGUUAGAUGAUAGGUUGGGGAGGAGGGAGGCAUAAGUCAGCAACACGUUAGAUGAAAUUUAGAGGAGCUGCUAGAGAUGCCCCUCUGAAACCAACCCCCAAAUAAAUGCUCUUGACUGAUACAGAUUUGUUGAAGGCCGUUUUACUUUCCACCUUCCCACUACCCCACCACCAAAAAAACCUUCAACACAUAUAUAUGAAGUUGUAGGCUGGCAAUGGCACAACUUAAACCAGCCACCAUGGCCUUCGUAGCAGAAGAUCCUGCAGAACAUGAUACAUCUAGCAAAGGUUUAGCAGACAUGGAAGACGACGAGCUUUUCGAGAUCGAUCUCGAUGCCGUGAACUGCAUCUCUCCGCCGCAUUAUUGGGAUAGCUAUCUCACAUCCACCGGAAAUGCACUUCUUGCCAAUUGCUUGCUGCCUAUAUCUGAGGUUUCGGGUGCUGUUCCCAUUGCAUCUGGAAAUGUUUCCGGCAGUGUUUCGAUGAUAUCACAAUCAUGUAACUUUGUGAUGAUGUCCGAGUCGAAGCCCCUCGGUGAGCUUCUUAGGUUGCCUUUCAUGGCGGCCUUUGGGGUACCUCCAAGGCAAAUGAAAGCGUAAUGGAAAUGGCAAAUCAAUUUAACAUACAAAAUUGAUACUUGUUUAUUGUGAGAGGCCUAAAGCCAUUAGAAGGAAGUAAGAUUAGCAUAUUGAUGUUACACUGAUAAUGUUAUAAACAAAAUUACUAGGCUCCAUAGACUCAAAUGGAGUGUUAUAGCCUGUUUUAUUUC